AUGUCGAUAAAAAAGCUGUUGUGUCUCUGCCACAUUAUCAGCCACUUCAAAGUACAGAAACUGAUCUGUCGAUUGUGCUGCCUUCACAACAUUUGCUAUAAUGAGAAUACAAAAAGAUUUACUUCAGGCCACCAAAUUAUGCUCUAUUUAUUGAGUGGUCUCACUUUAAUCUUUUUCUUUAACAUUACUGACAAACCAACACAUUGGGUGAUUGAUAAAUUCUUGUUCGUGGUAUAUGCAGUGCCCUGUGUGUAUUAUAUUCUACAUCGGAGUUUCUUAUUGGAAAUAUUGAAUAAGAUGAACAUAGUGCAUUGUGAGAUUCGAGAGGCCAUGGGUGAACUUUUAUGUACAUCGGUGCGACGUGCCUUUUUUUGGGCCUGGCUGAUCAUUUUGGAGCUACUUGCCGUUAUACAUUGGCAGACAAGUCUUUACGAAAGUUCACAAUUUUUUUUCAUGUUCAGUUGUCUAGUCUGCUGGUAUUUACAAAUGCUACUCCAUGUCAAUAGCUUCAUUUGGCUGCAAUGCAUCUAUGUGGCCAUGCGUCGAGUGUUUACGGCUCCCAUCGACAAUAGGCAUCGCAUGAGAUUGUUAAAAAAAUUAUUAAAAGUUCAACCCAAAUUGAAUGAAAUUCUACAACAUAUUGGCAAAUUCUUUUGCAUCAAUAUUUUCGUCAUUUGUGCCCUCAUAUUGAAUAGUUUUUUUCAUACAUUUGUUACAACAAAUACCUUGAUAGAACUGGAACCGAGUGGCAUCAUCUACUGUAUUGAACCAUAUCAAUUACGCUACAUGUGCAAUUUAUUAAUUUUGACACUCACUUUGUUGCUGGUUGUGCGAGAUUUUAAAGUCGAACGGGAUAAAUUCUUUGAAAGCCUUUGGCAUCCUAAUAAAUUCAGUCAAAAGGUUUUGGUUUACAAAAGUUUUCAAAGAUAUUUACCACGUCGAAAACAACAAUUGGACAUUGUGGAUGUUAUGGUAAAUUAA